GCAUCAACAAAACAACAAAACAGCCGGAGCCGGAACCGGAAACGGAAACGGAAUUCACGGAACACGGACGGAGCACGGAGCGGCACGGAUAUACACGAGCCUCCCCGAGUUCAUCCGGAGAGCGUACGGACAUUUUAAGAUAGGAGCACCUGGGAACACUGGUCAGACGGAUUAAUUUGUUGAUAUUUACACUUCAAUUCUUCAUUCAUGUUCAUUCCCUAUGCCGUGGAAAUAAGUACUGUUGGAAAUCCCAGCAUUACAUUUCAUCGAAAGGUGAAGGCCCUUCAUCCCCGCUCAAAUAAUAACUUUUCAGAUGUGCCCAACCCUCCCAAGAUCAUUGUAACCAUUUAGCUUUUCUAUCAACUCUACAUCUGACAUCUCCAAGAAAUUAUUACCGCCUAGAGUCCACGCCAAAGUUUCGGAAUCAUGGUUUUGCUCCGAUCAUUUUGGACUCCUUGCAUUGUUCACUCUAAUGUAAAAAGUGGAAGCGUAGCAGUUGCUGGUUACACCGUAGCUACAUCACUUGUUUUGAUAACUCUGACAGUGUACAUGAUACUGAGAGGUGAUUCAUCUCAGCUCUUCUCACCAUAUUUUGAAGCUGAUGUCCGUGACUCUCUAAUUUUUUAUGGUUUGACAGCUGUUCUUUUCCUCAUACUGAUGAUUUUUUCUGCUGUUCUUCUUGUAAUGGGGAUCCAUAAAAAUCUCAGAGGUCUCAUGUUACCUUGGUUAGGCGGAAUGGCUUUGGUUAUCAUAUUUCAACUUUUGUGGUCGAUCUGGCUCCUGUACGGUUAUUAUAUUUAUAUCCAAGUUGUAAUAUAUGCGGCUGUAUACUGGUUAUGGGCAGCUUACAAUUACUAUUGCUGGCUUUGCGUUUAUUCACAAUACCAAAUAAUCAAUGAAAUGCAGUCACCGAACAUUGAAUUGCUGUACCCGUAAUUUGCUGUCCCACAUCAAAGUUCAGCGCCAUUGCCUCACUGGAAGUAAACUAUAGGUGUUAACUUUUGACUGAAAAGAAUCACGAAGCAUUUUCAUUGCAGCUUACUCACUCCUUGUACUCCUUUGUCACCAAUUUACCAACCUACUAGUAUCAAUCACAUCUUCUUGCUUGCCAAACGUCAUAAAAAAUAUACAUUAUGAAAGAUUUUUCACCUAAGUUAAUUACUUAUCAUUCUUGUAAAAUUAGACCACAGAUAUCUGUGGAAAAUGGAAUGCAUUACUGUGAUUAAUUCCAAAACAACUGUCUAUCGAAUAGUGUAACAGCAAAGUAAUCUUUUAAUACCUUUUCCUUUUUAAUCGUCCUCAGCAUUAUUAGUACUGUCCGGACAGUCAGCGUUCACGAGACAUUUCUCUGACCGGCAUCACGUUUUUUAUCGUGAAUUUAAGAAUUAUCAACUGUAUAUCCAUCAUUCGAUUUUGUAUUUAUAGAUGUCUAAUAGUUGCUCAAACUUCUGAAGCGACUAAAAAAGCUUGAAGUUUAUAUUUAUUUAUCCGCCAACCAUUUGUCAGUGGCAUAAAGCUUUCUUUGAAGUGCCAUCUGCAAAAAAGUCUCGUGAUCGCUGACUAUCCAGACAGCACUAACCUGCUGAGGACAGUAAAAGGGGGAAUAUGUAUUGAAAAAUUACUUUUUUGUCUGAGUGAUGGAUCGAAAGAGUUUCAAACCUUUGAAGCAUAGCUCAUCAAUGAUAUCAACUUCAUGCGAUGUUGCCGUCUAAAGAGUGGUGCACCUACAUGAAAGACUGAAAAUCCUGGAGGGGUAAAUUUAACUCACCUUUGUAAUAUCACUGCAGAUUCGUCAAAUUUCGACCAAAUGAGCUCAUCUUGGUUUUGUUUUGAAGCUUAUAAGUUGUUCUAGAGCUUCUUAUUAUUUGCAUAUUAAUCUGUAGUUCUUGAGAAAAAGUUGAUGGACACACACUGUUUUGGAACAACCUUUGUCAAUAUGUCAGAGUCCAACACGGAAAGCAUUAAAAUGCAAAAUAAACUAGGCAAAAUUAGUUUUAACUCUGUCUGUUAGCUGAAACCCAAAAUAUGAGCCCUAAGUAUGGUCAAGUUUGAUGGCGACAGGAUUCCUUUUUAGAAAUGAGGCUCUUUGUUACAGAGGAAUAUCUCACUAAAAAAUGGAAGCAAUCAGAGCUAUUGAAGAUUUGACCGAUUUUGCACAAGACUCAAGCUGUAAAAACUUGGAGAAAAAAUCUUAUUUUGGGCUUUAACUGAUAUCUUGACGUAAAUAAUUCUUACCAUUUAAUAUGGUGCAAUGAGCAGCCCUCCCAAAACAUUUGCUGUCCCAUCUAUUAAGCUGAAUUUUGAUUUUUUAUUCACGUCACUAUGAAAAUAAUAAACAAGCCAAUAAGAUGGAGGUUGCGUGUAUAUCCGUGAGUGCAACUAAUGUCUUUUUUCUAGCUUUGUAUCUUUGCAUAAUUCAUAGUUUUUCAGAUGUUUUCAUGUAGAAAAUACUUAAAUCCUUUUUGUACCCACCUGUAAUGCCUUUAUAAUGUAAGACUGAAAUUAAUUCUUCAAAAAAUUUAGUCCAAUACUCAAAUUAUGCUACAAAUUAGCUAUACCCCCUUCUUUAUUUUUUAAGAAAAAAAUGUAUUGAAAAACACUCCCUAAUUAGUCAUUAAAUAUGCCCAUCUGUACCUCCCGCAUCUUUGGUAUUGUCGUACAAACUGAGGGCCCAAAUAACUCAAUCAAGUAAGAUUUUAUGGCCCAGGUAGUAGUGCUGUUGAUUUUAUCACACCCAAUUCGAGUGCUGCGAAUAAAGUCUUACGCUGUUAGUGGUCCCGAGA